CUAGAAACGGGCUAAUGGCUCAUUAGUGAAAGGAUUGUGUAAGUUCAGGGAUUUUUGUGAAAGGAUUUGAAGUUCAGGGUUGUCGGGCAGCUGUUCGGGCCGGAUGAAGGGGCUGCCCGGGCCGACUAUUUGGGCUUUUGGGGCCGGUGGUUUGGGCCGGCAAUACGGGGCUGCCCAAAUGGGCAGCAGAUCGGGCCGCUGGGUCGGUCCGGCGGGUUGUCGGGCUGAUCCGGUGGAAAUUGAUACUGUUACGGCGGGUGCAGCGAGCUUGAGGAUAAGUCCUCACUCCCAAGUUCGCGACAAAGCGUUAGAAAUUUCUCUCACUCAGCUUCCAGCUGAGCGUGUAGUUUUGUUGUCUUUGACUGCACGCUGGAUUUGGAUUGAGAGGGCCAGCCUAGAGGACGUUGACGCGUUACGCCGUGGGUGACGUCACUAUUUUUAUUAUGGACAUUUAAUUAUUGCGUUAAUUAAUUAUUUGAGUUAAACAUUUAUUGUAGAACGUUAUUUUGAGACUUUUGCACUUGAUAGACUUUACUCUAAAUUUGAAUAACUUGUGUGAAUUGUU